GGAUGACACAAGUUGAAUAUAAUUUAAAUUAUUUUAUUGAACAAGUUAGAGAAGAAGUAGACGACAAAGAUCUAGUUGGAGAUUUAUUAUAUGAAGAACCGAGAGAAUCUCGUUAUGAAGAAUGUUGUAUUAUGGUUUUUAAUAUUCCGACGGUUGGAGAGGACAGACUUGAAAAAUUGAAGAAAGUUUUGUCUGGAGUGUUUUCUUUGCAGAAUAUGUACAAAUUUAAUGAUUUUUAUCCGCUUAAUGAGGAAGGAAAGACGAAGGGUUAUGUUUUCCUCGAAUAUGAAAAUAAAGAAGCUGCAAAUGCUGUUAGAUCAAUUUGUGAGGGUUACAAACUUGACAAGAACCAUACUUUUUCGUCUUACCCGUUUUCUGCUUUGAGGGAUUUGAAGGAGCCUAGUGCUAAUUGGAAAGUUCCGGAGAAGCGUGCUUAUGUUGAUUUGGGCGAUCGUUGGUGGUGGCUUCAAAAUACAAAAUGCCUCGAUCAAUUUGCUAUACAAUAUGAAGAUGAUGGUGGUCUUCAACUGGAAGUUUUUACACACGCUAAAAAUGGGGAUCCGAUACUUGUUCAACAGAGAACGAAUUGGUCAGAGGACAGUAUUUUCAAAUGGACCCCUCAUGGUUCGUAUUUGGCAUCUCUUCAUGCUAGAGGGGUUAUUCUUUGGGGAGGAAAGGAAUUUAAACAAUUUCAACGUUUUGAACAUGGAGGGGUUAAACACAUUGAAUUUUCUCCUAAAGAAGGUUAUUUGGUCACAUAUGCAUGUAACACAAAUGGCCGUGAUAAUGAAAUGUUUAAAAUAUUUGAUGCAUUUACUGGAGAAUUAAAAAGAACAUUUUCUCCUUUUGGAAAAAUGUCUUCAACAUCAACAACAAAUAAACAAUUAAAUUUGCCUUUUGUUAAAUGGUCUUUUGAUGAAAAAUAUUUUGCUUAUUCUAGAGCUUCAAGUGAAUGUUUAAAUGUUUUUAGUUGUGAAGAUUUUAAAUUAUGCGAUGGAAAAACUGUUGAAUUGGAAGGAUUGGUUAAUUUUAGUUUUAAUUCGACAAAGAAUAUUAUUGCUUAUUAUUGUGAAGAAAAGUCAAAUGCUACUAAUAGGCCAGCAGAAAUUGGAAUAAUGGAAAUUCCUUCACGUACCAAACUUCGAGCACAAAGAAUUUUUGGAGUUUUUCAAGUAAAUAUUUUUUGGCAAAAGAGUGGAUUAUAUUUGGCUGCACACACUGAACGUUAUCAAAAAAUGGUUAAAAAUAAGGAAGAUGUUAAUAAACCUGCAGAAAUAAAAUAUUCGGGUGUAACAUCCCAUUUAGAAAUUUUUGAUUGUACUGAAAAAACAAUUUCUGUGUUGACAUUACAACUGCCCGAACCUUUUUUAAAUUUUGAUUGGGAACCUAAAGGAAAUAAAUUUUGCGUUCUAGUCGGUUCAACUUCACCAAAAAUAACUCCAUUAAUUUAUCGUUAUGACAAAGGCAAACCUGCCCCCCAACUUUUAUCAAAAAUUGAAUCUGGAACGAAUUUAAAUUCAAUAUCUUGGGCCCCUCAAGGUGGCUGGUUAAUUGUUUAUGGGGCAAGUACUCCUGGAGGUUUAGUUUAUUUUAUUGAUGCUAGUGGGACGACAGAAGCUAAUAGAAUUCGGUCAAUUGAACAUCCAUCGUUAACAAAGGCAUUUUGGGACCCAACAGGACGUUAUUUAGCAAUUUGUUCAUUUGGAGGCAAAAGUCGUUACGAAACUGGUUAUCGAAUCUAUACAUUUCUUGGAAGAGAAAUUUUGCGAAAAAUUGUUGAUUCUUUGUUGCAAUUUAGAUGGAGACCUCGUCCACCAAUUCAAUUAAGUGAACAAAAACUUAAAGAAAUUAGAAAGACUUUAAAACAAAAAUCACAGCAAUUUGAGGAAGAAGAUAAGAGGGAAUUACUUAAAGUGUCUAAGGAAAUUAUUGAACUUCGUCAAAGUGCAUUGGCUUUAUUCAAAGAAAUUCGACAACGUUCCCAAAAUUAUGAUAUUGAAGAAAGAGAAGAAAAAUUAGCUUUGAGAGGUGGAAAAGAUUUGAAAAAGAUGGAAUUAGAUUUGGUAGAAGAAACAAUUACAAUUGCUUUGAAUACAGAAAUGGAGGAAUUGAAGGAGACAAAUACGGCUAAGGAGGGUGAUGAUAUGGAUUAA